AUGUCUGUUGAGUACGCGUUCAAGGCCGUGAACUCGUCCAACAUCACUUGUCUGGGAGUUGUUGGCGAGGACUCGUCGGUCGUUGUUUCGCAGAAGAAGAUUCCCGACAAGCUGCUGGACCCAAGCACGAUCAGCUACAUUUUCCAGGUGUCGGAUUCGAUCGGAAUGCUGGCCACAGGGGCCAUUGCCGACGCGCGGUCGCUGGCCAUGAGGGCCCGGGCUGAGGCCGCAGAGUUCAAGUAUAAAUACGGCUACGAGAUGCCGGUGGACGCGCUAGCCAAGAGGAUGGCGAACCUGGCUCAGCUGUACACACAGAAAGCAUACAUGAGACCGAUGGGAGUGGCGUUGACGUUUGUGUCUGUGGAUGACGAACUGGGGCCGAGCGUGUUCAAGACGGACCCUGCCGGGUACUAUUUCCGUGCCAUUGCGACGUCGACGGGCCCUAAGCAGCAGGAGGUGACCACGGCUCUGGAGCGCGCGCACAAGAAGAAGAAGGACGGGGUUCUGGUGAAAGGCGACUGGACCAAGGUGGUGGAGUUUGCAAUUAUUACGCUGAGUAAUGCGCUGAGCACAGAUUUCAGGAAAAACGACCUGGAGGUCGGGGUUGCUACAAAGGACGGGUUCCGGAGCCUGACGCCGGACGAGAUCGACGAGAGGCUGAUUGCCAUUGCUGAGCAGGAUUGA